GAAGGGAGGGGCACAGAUACUAUGAGCUUCGGGAAGCAGCCACAAAACUAGGAGCUCCGUCUGGUGCCACGAUGCGACUGCUCCAGCCUUUGAACUAGAGAGUAUACCCAGCAUCCGCUUUUGACCCAACGACUUCCAUGAUACCCUCUGGGCUGAGAUUUGAAGAUCAAGAUGAGUAUUCCCCUGCAGCCACGUCUCCGCACCUGGGGCAAAGCAACGUCUCCAGCCGCUAAAGCCUCCCGAAAUCCCAUCUUGCCGAGAAAGAAGCCUUCGGGGCUGAGGAGCGACGAGGCGUUGUGGCGGGCCGGGCCCACCGGACGGCCCUCAGACAGGUUGGCGUGAAGACCCGUGGGAAUGCUGUGCCUACGGGCAGAGCGCGAGAGCGAUCACCGGCUGCCACCAAGUGGGAGCCCCUAAACCAGCCGGGUCCUGUAGGGGACCGCCCUCACCUGCGGGCCAGCUCGGCCGCACUCUCUGCGGCUGUGCCGUUAACCAGCAGUGACACGCUGGUCACAGUUCCUGCCAGGAAGGCCUCUACGAUGCCCUCAUCGCGCCGCGGGCAAUAACCAAAGUCAUCAGCGGUGACAACCAGCCGCACGCGGGGAAAAGCCAUGGCUGCCAAACCCUGGCUGGAGAGCAGAGGGAAUAGGUUGGAGCAUCCAGACCCCGCCCUCGAACGCUGCCGAGGCCCCACCCCGACGCACACGCCUAAAUGCGGCUGCAAGCCGCCAUUGUUCUCGCCACCUAGAGCUAAGAGACCUGAAGGUUCAUGAGAGAGAUGGGGCAGGAACCCUUCCCUACAAGUUGAAGCCUGACCUGCUCUGGGCUCCUCAAUCCUGAUGCCUGCGUGACAGGCAGAAGGGAGAGAACUUGAUUGUAACAGUACCUGGUGACGUUUCAUAAGGGUUGGAGGCCUCGAAGAACCCUUCAGCCAAGUUCUUGGCAUAAACACUGCUGUGUCUGAUCAUAGUGACUGUUGAACCAUCGGGUGUCAUUCAGCCACUGGGGCCCUCUGAGAAACUGCUUUUGGAAAGGCCAGAGGCCCUGAGGCCAUGGAACGCUGAGAACCACAGAUUGGGAGGAGAAAACUCUACAGCACCUACUGUAUCAGGAAUGGGGUUAUUAGGGAUUAGGGCUAACUGCUUUGAUUCUUGCCCUAAAGAAGUGAAGCUGUUAGACAAGGAAGAAAAAAAUGUGGCAGGGGAGGAUGGACUUGCUGUGGGUAUGUUGGCAAUGACAGGCUUCCUAGGAUUGAAGGGAGGAAGGAAAACUGUAGAGAGGAGUCUGCAUCUGUGCUGUGGGACCUGAAAAAGGAAGCAGAAAACAAAUUUAAUUAUCCUCAUCAUGGCGAGGUGCCGCCACCACUCAGGAUAUCUGGCUGACGACGAGGCUGCUCACAGCACCUAUGUGGCCCCGCUGCCCAAGAAGCACCUGUUGCCAGAAAUGAGGCCAACCUGCAAGCUUGGGCGUGUACCACACCUACCAUCAAUGAACCAAUACUCAGAGCACCAAAGCCACCAGCAAAACUUUAGGCACCCUCUGGCAUUUGGUGGCUUCCUGGAUUUCCUCACGGAGGGUCAGGUACUGGACAGCUUGCAGACAGUUGUGGAGCAGGCAACAGAACGUUUGGCUGCCAUGAAGACAGAGGCUGGCGUGCCACUGGUGGAUAUUCAAGACCCCGUGGAGGUGCCAAGUAGUAGGCAUCGAUCUCGAGCCAGACCCAGCAUCGACACUGUGCACCGGCACCGUGCUCGGCCCACCCUGUGUGCUGGACGCCCAAACAAUUACCCAUCUUGCUCCAGUUCCAUGUCUGAUUCCCAUAGCAGCAUCACAGCUGGAUGGCUGGGGUCCCACAGCCAAGACAGUGACCUGGGUGCCAGAGGCAUAGGCUCACUGCCACCUAUGAGGGACAAACUCCUGCUUGAGAAAAACCUCAAGAGGCUACUCCGACUGGAAAACAAAGGGAAAAUCCUGAAUCAAUCCUGCUCCCAGAGGGAUUCCCUGCUGUGGGACUCACUGGGCAGCCAAACCAGCAGUCAGUGGACCCGGGAGCAGCCCCUGUCUUGGUUCUCUGGGCUAUUGGGCUCCAGUCCAGCCACCCCUGAAACUUCAGAGUUGGGACUUGGAGAACAGGAGAUGAUUUUCCUCAAACAAAAGUUAAACAAGGAGAUGAAGUCACUGCUGAACCAGCCAAGACCCUUCAACCUGCCUACCUAUUGUCCACUCAGGGAACCCCAUCAUACCCUGGACUUCCUAGCUAAGCAUCGUCUCUUUCCUGCCCUGCAGCGUGUGGUCAGCCAGGCUGUAGACAAGCUCAGCCAUGCCUGCCGUCACAAUGGCUUCCCCCUCUUCCCAGUUACCUCAGAGACCAUUCCAGAUCUGCCUGGAAACUCCGAUCUUCUGCAGCCCAGCUCUAAGGCUUCCAUACCCACCAACAGGGAGGCUAGGGGAGAGCCUUGUGAUUCUCUCACCACAGCCUACAGCCCUAAGACAUCUCACAGAAAAAGCAAGGGCAGAAGGGGCUCCCCACCUAAUGCAGUCCAGAUGGCUACCAGAUUCAGGCUCAAGGUGACACCUACACAAGUCUCUAAUGUCCCUAUCUCCUCAUUCCACUCCAUGCAGGAGGCCCCUAACUCUGAACCCAAACUGCAGAAACAAGCUAUGGCCUCAAACUGCAACCAUAUCUCUCAGCCCUGUCAUGGCCUGCACCUCACCUUGCCUGCCCCUGGGAUCACAGUUGAGGUGGCCUCCUGCCAGGGACGCCUCAGGGGCCCGGUCCAGCAUCGUCUUGCCUCCCCCUGCUGUCUUCAUUCCCAUUUCCCUUUCCCUCUGUUCCCCCCAUUCCUUUCUUUGGGAAAAAGCUUUUCCACUUCCCCUCCUACACUGCAUCCAGAGGUGACCUCAAGAGCAGGGCUGGAGGUGUUAGAGCAACCUCUGAAGGGAAGGGGCUCCUUUACCCACCACUUCUAGUAGCCACUGUUACUGGCGGGUGCCCAAGGACAAGAUCUCUUGCCCUGCAUUGCAGAACUCUUCUGAGGUAGAGAUAAGCUGCUUGGGAAUCAGGUGUUCUUGUCCAUCUAUUUCCAGUUUCCAGAUGUUGUCAAAGAUUAAUAAAGGCUAUUUUUUACCCUGCUUUUUUUUUUCUUUUUUUCUUUUUCUUUUUUCUGAGACAGGGUAUCACAAAGCUCAGGCUGGUCUCCAAUUCAUUAUAUAGUAGAGGAAGACCUUGGACUUGUGAUCCUCUUGCCUCUACCUCCCAACCCCCUAAAUGCUGGGAUUAUAGGCAUGCAUCACCAUGCCUGCAGUUCAGGGUUUUUGUUGGUGGUGGUGUUUUUGUUUUUUAUUUUAUUUUAUUUUAUUUUAUUUUAUUUUAUUUUUUGUGAACCUCAGAGGCCCUCCCACAUUUCUCUUAUGGAUAUGAGGUUUUUAAUGGUUUGAUUUUCUUGUUUGUUUGCUUGCUUUUUUAGGACAGGGUUUCUCUGUGUAGCCCAGGAUGUCCUGGAACUCACUCUGUAGAAUAGACUGGCUUGGAACUCGGACAUCUGCCUGCCUCUGCCUCCUGAGUGCUGGGAUUAAAGGCAUGCGCCUCAGCCGCUGCUGCUGCUGGCACUGCUGCCACCACCACCCAGCUGGACAGGAGUUUUUGCCAAGAGGGCAACUCUGUAUCUUAAGGCCAAGUGUCCUCUAAUCUAGCUUUAGGACUCUAGACUUUCUGCUCCAUAAAGGGGACCUUGGUCAGGAAGUGUGUAUGAAGACAUAGAUGGCCUGACUUUGAAGGUCUCUAGACAUCUCAUCCUACCAUCAUCAGGGCUCCGAUGUAAUUCCUUCUGAACACAAGCUGUGUGCAAGCUUUCAUGCACACAGCCUGCUCAGGCUGCUGGGCUUGCUCUAGACCUGACAGGUGCAGCAUAUGGACUGAAUGUUACAGUAGGCAGAUGUGGCAGGCCUGUAUCCUGGUGUGAUGAGCUUGGUUUCUCUGACUGUAAUGGGGGAAGAUUGGCACAACGGCCAAGGUGGGUGUAGCAAUAUGAUGUCACAGGGCAGCAGGGGGAUGACAAGGGUUAAACGUCUCCUUUUCUCUCCUUGGCUGUUGCACAGAGCCCCAACACCAAGUUUUCGAAGAAGAAGCCUCUGCCCGCCAUCUCAUCUGUUUCCAGCUUGUCCUACAUCUCUAACCCCUGGUUUGAGGAACUCACUAACUUCUUGGUUGAGCAGGCAGUCUCCUUGCUUAUCUGCAAGUACAAGUUUGAGGAAAGCCUCAAUAAGCAACUUGGCUUCAUCUCUUUUCCUAUCACUGAGGUUCUCAUGGACAUCUUUCUGGGCUUCAAGAAGGUGAAGGGUACCCACAUCCGCCUGUCCUCAGACAUCAACUGGACCUGUCUUCUUCGUAAGUUGGAAGAAGCUGAGUUGUCACAGCAGGCCCUAAGACAUGCCUCCAGGUCAGGAACCUCUCCACGUAGUGUCUCCCGUAUUGGCACCACCCAGCAUAGCACAGAACCCUCCUCCAUGCAACCGGAGCUUACUGGUGACACAGACCAGGACCAGUCUCCAGAGUCCUACCUCUCCCUCCACCCUGAGUUGCCAAUCCACCAGCUGCUCAACUCUCAGGAUCCUGGAACAGGCCAGGAACAGACACCUAACAUGAACCUGUCAGAGGCCAAGCACUCUAUAAUCUCCAAUGCUAGUAUCGGCUCUAGAUCUUCCAAGACCAAGAAAGUGGAAAACACUGAAGAGGGUGAGAACGGUGAGGAGGAGGAAGAAGAGGAGGAGGAAGAAGAGGAGGAAGAGGAGGAGGAAGAGGAGGACAGAGGAAGUAAGGAGGAUGACACCAAAGAUUUUUUUGAGGGUGAGCACACACCUCCUAGCCCGCCUUUGCAUGAGUUGGAGAACUUUAUGAAUACAACCACUGUAAUGAGCCCAAAUAACUCCCCAUGAGGCCUCUGUGAGCCACAAAGAGUACUCCUGUCCUAUCCUAAUAGCUGGCCACUCAGCCAGCCCUGUUCUGAGUGAAGGUCAGGAUGACUGGGUGCUCAGGAGGAGCUCUGCUAGUAUUAUCAAGGGAGCCAAAGAGCCAAAUGGAAAUAAAUACAUGUUGGUGGACACA